CUGCGAAGGGUUGAUUGGUGGCUUUCCAUGUCAAGGCGUAUCAAAGAGUGGAUGCAAGCGCGGGAUGCUGGAUGAGCGCAGUUCACUCGUAAAAUCCUUCUUCACCUUGAUCGACCAGAUGCCUGGCGUGUACUUUGCCCUCAUGGAGAACGUGAAGCAUUUGCUCUCUGCAGAGAUGAGACCCAUGAUGGAAUACAUUUUGAAGGAGUUUCAUCGCCGUAAUUUCAUCGCGAAGUGGUGUGUGGUGAGUGGGCAAAUGGCAGGCUUACAUGUCCGGAGAGAUCGAGUCUUCAUCCUCGCCAGCAAGGCGAAUAAGAUCGCAGAUGUGUUCCAGGGCUUCAAAACCAUGACGUAUCAAGAGAUGGAAACUGAAGCGCACAAGUGUCAUCUUUUUCGUUGCCAGCCACCAGUCAAGACGUGGCUUACAAACCACUGGAAUGAGUCUGACGCUAGCCGCUUGAGAGCUUGUGGUAACAUCGUGAUUCCUCAGUGUGCGCAGCUAGCGCUCAGCAUCCUUGCGAAGCUGUGGAUGUAACUGUUGCGUGGUAGUUGCACCCUUUCAC